UGGUUGCCGAGGAGGCGGUGAGAUGGCGUGCGGUUCGGUGUCGGUGGGGAUCCUGUCCGUGUUGCUCUGUUCGUGCCUGGCGGUGCGGAGCCAGGAGCCGGAGGAGCACCCUAGCGUGCUGCGAGCCGAGGACUCCCCGUACGGCUCCCUGUGGCCGCUGCCCCGCUCGGUGCAGAGCUCUGCCGGCUACCUCUUCCUGUCCCCGGACAGGUUCAGUAUUGUCCAUGGCACCGGCUCCACCGCGGGGCCCUCCUGUGUCCUGCUAGAGGAUGCCUUCCGCAGGUAUUAUGAGUAUAUAUUUGGAUAUUCAAAGCGGAAGAAUGUUCCCAUUAACAAAGAGUUGGGAGAAUUACUGCAACUUCAGGUUAUAAUUACCUCUCGAGACAACGACUGCCAUAAAUAUCCAAGCAUCAGUUCGGAUGAAUCAUAUAAAUUAAUUGUUAAUGGCAGUUCUGCAGUUCUUCAAGCCAAUCAAGUGUGGGGUGCUCUGAGAGGUCUAGAGACUUUCAGUCAGUUGGUUGAACAAGAUGACAUUGGUUUGUUUUGCAUAAAUUAUACCCAAAUAUCUGAUACACCGCGGUUCGCACACAGAGGGAUUCUGCUGGAUACAUCCAGGCACUAUCUUCCAUUGAAGACCAUCCUGUUAAACUUGGAUGCCAUGGCCUUUAACAAGAUGAAUGUUUUCCACUGGCAUAUUGUCGACGACCAGUCUUUUCCUUAUGAGAGUAUUACUUUUCCUGAAUUGAGUAAAAAGGGAGCUUAUAAUCCGUUUACCCAUAUUUACACCUUCACUGAUGUCCGACUGGUGAUUGAAUAUGCUCGCCUACGAGGAAUUAGAGUUGUUCCAGAAUUUGAUUCACCUGGACACACAGAGUCAUGGGGUGCAGGGCAACCAGGCCUUUUGACCCCAUGUUUUAAAGGAGAACAACUUUCAGGAACAUAUGGACCUGUAAAUCCCAUUUUAAAUGACACCUACAACUUUAUGACCCAGUUCUUUAACGAAAUCUCCAAAGUGUUUCCUGAUAAAUACAUCCAUUUAGGAGGAGAUGAAGUAGACUUCUCUUGCUGGAAAUCUAAUCCUGAUGUUUGCAAGUUUAUGGCUGACCAUGGUUUUGGCACAGAUUACACAAAGUUGGAGUCCUAUUAUAUUCAACUACUCUUGCGAAUAAUUACAUCAUACCGCAAGGGUUAUAUGGUCUGGCAAGAGGUAUUUGAUAACAAUGUUAAGCUGAAUCCAGACACUGUUGUUGAAGUUUGGAAGAUGGAGAAGUAUCAAGAUGAGAUGGCAGCUGUCACAGCUGCUGGCUUUCAAGCUCUUCUUUCUUCUCCCUGGUACUUAAACCGCAUUUCGUACGGUCAGGAUUGGAUCCAGAUCUACAAAAUUGAGCCAUCAAACUUUAAGGGAACUGAAGCACAGAAGAAACUGGUGAUUGGCGGUGAAGCUUGUCUGUGGGGUGAAUUUGUAGAUGCCUCAAACCUCACUCCUAGACUGUGGCCCCGUGCAAGUGCCGUUGCAGAGAGACUGUGGAGUGAUAAACAAGUGACAAACGUGCAAGACGCUUACAAUAGACUUGUUAAACACCGAUGCCGAAUGGUCAGACGCGGAAUAGUAGCAGAGCCGCUCUAUGUAGGAUACUGUAAACAUGAAUUGAAUUUCUGAACAGCGAACAAUUUACAAUCUGGUGACUUACAAGAUUAAAAAAAUCAAGCUUUAUUCGAGCUGUAAAUUAUGCUCUGUAAGAAUAAAAUGUUGUUGAUCAUUUUGUAAAAAAAUCUGAACAUAUAAUUUUUUUAAAAGAAAAUCGUUUAGAAGUGAAAUUGUACAAUAAACCCAUAAUACGGA